ACGCUUCGAGAAAAUAAUUUGUUUUGGAAUUUGGAUUGUCUGAAAUUCAACAUUUUCACACUAAAAAAAUGGCUUAAAAGAUAACGAUGGCCAUGCUUAAGGACAUGAAAUACCAGAUAAAGCGUAGGCUUUUUACGUCAGAGAAUGACAGUUCUUCUGAGCGAACUAAUCGACAAAAUACCAAACCAGCCGAUGCCGAAAAGAAGAGACUUCCAAGUAUACCCAGUCCAGACUUGGACGAGUAUAUGAAUAGAUCAGUCGCAAGGCAAAAAGCGGACGCUACCGCAUCAGCAGUAUUGAAAUCUUAUGGUCCAUAUUUCAUGGAGUACACUCUUCUAGCUGAGUACAAUCUUCUCCAGAAGCAAAGAAUUCCAGGAAUGUAUGUCCUUCCUGGAGCUAGAACACCCCUGGUUUGGUAUGGCGUGUUAUUUAUUCAUCAUGGGAUUUAUGAAGAAGGAGUAUUCAAAUUUGUCAUGACAAUACCGGAGAAUUUUCCAGAUGGCGACUGUCCGCAGGUGAAGUUUGUGCCAGCGGUGUACCAUCCAUUGAUCAACUUUGAAACAGGUGAAGUUGACGUCAAACAAGCAUUUCCAUCGUGGAGGAGAACUGUCAAUCAUUUAUGGCAGGUGCUGUUGUUUGCCCGAAGGUUGUUUUAUAGAAUUGAAAGUUCAAAUGCAGUGAACCAGGAAGCUGCUAUGCUUCAUAACAAUGAUUGUGAAGCGUACAAAGCUAAAGUGGUAGAAAACAUUAAUCAUUGUCAAGAACGACUCUGCAACAGUAUCGAUGAUGAUCCACAUGCAAUAAAGUUUACAGAGUGGGUCCCAGAAAAACAUGAGAAUAUUAAGAGUUCAAUUUUAAAUUCAAAGGAAACAAUAGACAGCACAACUUCACAGAAUGCUCAGACUUCAGGCUUGUCAUGGGUUCAAAAAGGUUCUGUGCAAAUAUUCAGCAAACCUGAUGAAAAAACUUAGGACACUCAGAUGCACAGCCACCCUCAGUUUUGGUGUAAAUGUAGAUAUUAUGUACUUACAUACUCCUAGAUCAUGGUUGCUGCAAAAAUUAACAACUAGUUGAAAGCAAUGCAAUGGUAAGACAAUAGGUUGAAGAUACUUGAAGAGUAACAAAAUGUAUACAAUGUAGCUAUAAUAUAUAUAGUAACAAUAUUUAUAUUUUUAUACAACUUAUAGUACAUGCAAGAGAUAGUAAAUAACUUUUUCAAAUUACAAAACAGUAUGUUUUUCUAGUUCUGAAAAUUUACAGUAUCAUUAAUAAUUAUAUCUAGAUUAUUUUAAUUA